AUGAAACUCGCGAUCGGAUGUUUGGCCCUGCUGGCCGUAGCUCAGGUUCAGGUAGGUGGUAGUGUUCAGGAGCGCUUGAAGAGUGUUGGAGAAAGCGCUAUUGUGUAAUUGCAGGCCCAACUACCAGCCAGAGAUGUGAUCCAGAAGCUCUUGAAGAGAUCCGGAAUCGACAUUUCCGCUUACAGUUCGCACGACUUUGACCUGGACGCCCAAAGAAACGUAGGUACAACUUGACCAAAUUUGGCUACAUUUUGUCAAACUUAUUGUAUUUGUAGGUCCUCGAACUUCUUCAAAAGUACAACCUCUACGAUGAACUGGUGUCCGCCCUGAACAAGGCCCACGACUUGCUGAUCGCCUUGAAUGACCAGAAGGAUAUCGAAGGCCCUAAACUUGGUCUUGUCAUCACCGCCUUGAAGGGACUACGCCACCGCUUGGCUGCCAAGGCCAACGAGGACGAGCUUCGUGUUUUGGAUGGCGAAAUCGACGUGUUGAGCGCUGUGCGACGCGUAAGGAAACGGCGAAAAAUUGCCGCUGAAUUUCGGUUGGCCUAACGGCUACAGUGGGGGACCUGAUUCAGUGGCAAAAAAUAUACCAUUUGGCAUCCGGGAAGUAUCGAAAAUGUGGCAAAAUGCUUCCCUCUCCAAGUACAAAACGAGCGCUUUUGAAACCUCAGUUUUCUCACUUGGAGAGGGAGGUAUUUUGCCACAUUUUUGAUGCUUAUUGGAUGCAAAAUGGAACGUUUUUUUACACUGGAUCAGGUCCCCCACUGUACGUAUUUUUUUGCAGGACGGCACCAACGCACUUGCCCUCAAGAAAGCAAACGCCAUCCUCAAGGCAGGCCGCCCCGAUCUGAACAUCUCCAACGCCGACCUCAAGAAGAGCUUCUUGAAAAACAUCCUGGAGUCCUACCAAUCGGCUGCCCCACAAGGUGGACGCAACCCUCGCCAAGUUGUGCGCGCCUCCAUCGACGCCCUCCUCAACCUCGACGCCGCCCACCCCUUGAGCAGCUCGCUGGGCCAGCUGAUCGCCGCGCUGAAGGAGCAAAACGACUUUGCGCAAAAGAUCAACCACGGCAAUGGCACCGAGAUUGGUAAGCAGAUUGCCGUUCUGGAGUUGGCCAAGGCACACCAAGAUGACUCCAUCUUGGACGGGCUCAGCGGAAAGGCGUUGAGCCUCUAUGAGGACUUGGUUGAGAACCUGAAGGACUUGAAGAAGGAGCUCAAGUAAAUAAGUUCUCCGUAAAUCUGAAUUGCACUGGAUUGGAGUGAAUAAACCAGCUGUUUAAUUAUUAAUUUUGAUGGGUUUUUUGGCGUUCUUACAUCUUUUGCAAGCAUAAAUUUUAAUCUAACUAUGAUGCAAUGCAAAAUCGCAACAGAAAUUGCUCCGUAUGUUCAAAGGCCCAUAAAAUUUACAUCUUUGCAUCGCAACGAAGGAAGCAAAUUGAUUGUUUUAUUGGUUUUUUAAAUACAACAAAAUGGUAUACAUAAAAAACCAGGCACUUGAUACAAAUUGUUUGCAAAUAUCAAGUUAAACUUCAGUUCUUUAACAAUGAUUUUCCAACCACACAUUUACUGUUAACCCUACAGUAGGAGACCUGACCCAGUGACAAAAAACGCACCAUUUUGCAUCCGGGAAGUAUCAAAAAAUGUGGCAAAAUGCUUCCUUCUCCAAGCGAAAAAACUCCAAUUUCAAGAGCCCGCUCGCCCUUCCGUUCAAAAUCUUUUACAAUGAGGCUACAACAAGAAGAACGUAGAUCAACUUCAUGGCCGCCGGCAAUCGAGUCUUUUCGCUUUAAUCUCGAGCAAAACAGAAGACGCAAGCUGGACGAUGAGCCGUGAAGGAAAUGAUUUCCAAAACAAAAAAUUGCACGCAAAGAGAAAAAUCCAAAAAAAUUGAAUAAAAGUCGUUGUAAAAUUUUUACACUUUGCAACAAAAAAUCAUUUUUUGGCCGCUGUUUUGGAAAUUUCGCAACAGUAAGGCCUUGUUUGGAGGAACAUGCAUCUCAGUCUCCGCAGCUUUUUUGGUUGCUUUUUUGCCAAAGUAGUAGUGUUUGACGUAGGGCAAACAAACAGAACUGGAUAAAAGUUGGCCCCAUUUUUAAAUUUGGGCACAAUUUUCUAACAUAUGGCGUCAGCUUUGUAACUCGAGCUUUCCAGAAGCAGAUUCCACCUUUUCUCAUUGUCAGAUUUGUGGUUUGAAACCUUAGCUUUGCAUCAACUACAUAAAAGUCAUGAUCAAACACUGUUUCUUGCCUGGCGGGCUUUCCAAAUUUCUUGUGCUCUCUGAGAAAAAAAUUACUUCUUAUGUUUUACCAAAAGCGCUGCUUGUGUCUACGUACUGCGAAAAAGACAGGUGCCGUAAACGCAAAUUUUUGCCUCCUGGAUGGUUUGAUCCCAAAAAAUGUUAAAAAUUAAAUUUUCAAAAAAAAAAACUAAAAACACAGCUUUGUAGAGGAUAAAAAGCUGUAUCAAAUAAAUAUAUUCACUUUGCCAAACAAUAAACCAAUUCUUGUAGAACGAAAGAAUCAAAAAAAACGACGGAACUUUCUGAACAACCCAAUAGAAAGGGCGAGCCAACGCCAGAGAUUGCCACGGCCAAAAUCUUCGGUCCGGCUCUGGCUCUUAACUCCCAGAGCCAAGGCCAAAUUUGCAGCUCCGGCUCAAGAUUCCGGCUCGAAGACAGAGCCAAGAGACGAAGCCAAGAGCCGGCUCCAGAGCCGUGGCAAUCUCUGGCCAAGGCUUUUAUGGAUUUUAAUCGUUAG